AUGACCCCGUCGCUCCCAAGUCCGGACCGCGCCCGCGUGGCGGAGCUCGCGCUCCUGGCCGCGCUUGUGCGCGCCACCGCGCCGGCCUGCGCCCUCCUGGCCUCGCUUCUGCCUCGCCGCGCCAGGCCGCGCUCGCACCGCCCGGCUGCGUCCAUUCCCUCCUCCGCCGUGCCGUACGCUGCUGCUGCUCCGCGGCCGUGCGCCGUGUGCCGCGGCAGCCCUCUCCGCUACCCGCUUGCACUUGCUCCUUACGCCGGCCGCCUUCGCCCCUGCCGCACCACCCGCAUCCGCCCCUGGCCGCUCGCCGCUACUGCGCGCGCGCAUCCGCGCUUGGGCGCGCCCCGGCUUGCCGCCGCGCGCCCACGCCCCACCGCACGCCCUUGCUCCCCUCUGCGCCGCCUUCGGUCACCGCCGCACCUCCCCCGCGGCUCCAGCCGCGCCGUGGCCGCCGGCGCGCGCCCUCCUGGGCGCCCGGAUCUCGGCUUCUCAGGGUACCCUUUUACCUGGGACAACAAGAGAGAGGGCAUGGAGAACAUUCAGGUACGGCUGGACCGGGCGACGUGUAACGGGGAUUUUGCUCAGCUUUUCCCGGCCACUGAAGUGAUCCAUGUCAUGACGGAGGAAUCAGACCCCCAGGCGCAAGUUAUAAAAGCAUUGAAAAUGAUCGGGGACAAAGGCGAGCACGGGCAGCGUCCUUUCAUGUACGAGGCAGUGUGGGUGCGGCAUGAGCAGUACGAGACAAUGGUGGCCGCUGCAUGGGAGGAGGCACAUGCAGCCAACCAGGGAGGAGGCCGGCUAGCGACGACAUGCAAUAGCCUGCGGGCCGCCACGAGAUCCAUGCAGGAAUGGAGCCGAAGGGUUUUUGGCUCUAUCAGGAAGCAAAUUGGGCAUCUCAAAGCGCAACUGAUUGAUGCAAAAGAGAGGGCUGCCAGGACGGGUUACAGAACAGAGAUCAAGGAGAUCGAAGACCAGCUACAUGAGUUGUAUGAAAGAGAGGAGGGCUCGAGGGAUGGAGAAAAUGUGCUGCAACACAUUGAGGAAUCCGUGACAGAGGAGAUGGAUGCAAAACUUGAUGCUCCGUUCACUGAUGCGGAGAUAGAGCUCGCUCUCUUCCAGAUGGGGCCUGCGAAGGCGCCGGGCCCGGACGGCCUCCCGGCCAUGUUCUACCAACGCCCCUGGGCGCUGGUUAAGGACGAUGUAUGUGCUGCGGUCCGUGAAUUCCUCACCGGAUAUGCGGCCCCCGAUGGCUUCAAUGACACGAUAAUUGCACUGGCCAAUCGCUUGAAGGUUGUUCUUCCUUUCAUGAUCUCUGAGGAGCAAAGUGCGUUUGUGCCAGGUAGACUGAUUACGGAUAAUGUGCUAGUUGCCUAUGAGUGUGUCCAUGCUAUAAGGAAGAGGAAAAGGAGAAAACCUAUCUGUGCAGUCAAGCUGGACAUGAUGAAGGCAUAUGACAGAGUUGAGUGGGACUUUCUUGAACAGAUGUUGCUGAAAUUUGGCUUCUCUGGUCACUGGACAGAGAUGGUCAUGAGAUGCGUGAAGUCUGCAAAAUUCUCGGUGAAACUUAACGGCGGGCUCUCUGAGAGUUUUGAUCCUACCAGAGGGCUUCGUCAAGGGGAUCCGCUUUCCCCAUACCUAUUCUUGUUUUGUGUGGAGGGCUUCUCUGCAUUACUAAAGGAGGCUAAGAGAGAGGGAAACAUCAAGGGGGUGUCGUUUGGAGGUGGUGGCCCAACGAAAGUAAAUCUUCAUAAGUCGGCGAUAUUCUUUGGUAAAGACACCCCGGAUGAAGACAAGAACGAGCUCAAGCAAGUGCUGGAUAUAACGGAGGAGGCCCUGAGUGAACGAUAUUUAGGCCUCCCUACGGUAGUGGGGAGAGCUAAGGAUGGUACAUUUAAGUACGUCAAGGAUAGUGCUAAGGGCAAAGUAUUGGGAUGGAAGGGUCAAGGUUUAUCAAAAAUGGCGAGGGAGGUCUUAGUCAAAUCCGGACUGCAGUCCACACCAACUUUUACCAUGAGCUGUUUUCAACUCACGAAGAAAAUGUGCGGGAACCUGUCAUCAAUUGCUUCAAACUUCUGGUGGGGUGAAACAGAUGGUCAUAAGAAAGUGCACUGGAUUGGGUGGGACAAAAUGUGCACGCGAAAGCAUGAAGGAGGGCUGGGAUUUAGGGACCCGGAAGCUUUCAACCAAGCCAUGCUUGCCAAAGCAGCUUGGCGCUUGCUGCAAGUGCCAAACUCGCUGUGUGGACGUGUUCUAAGGGCGCGGUAUUUUUCCCAUGGGUCGAUUCUUAAUGCAACGUGCCCUGCCGGCGGGUCAUACACAUUCAGAAGCAUAUUGCAUGGCCGUGAUCUCCUCGCGGACGGCCUGAUAUGGCGUAUUGGAGACGGGUCACGAAUACUGAUCCACCAUGAUAAUUGGCUCCCAAGGAACGGUAGCCACAUGCCACUGGGCCAGUGCUACAUCGCAGGCAUUACUCAUGUUGGGGACCUGCUGGAAGCCGAUGGUUCCUCAUGGGACAAACAAAAAGUACAGGAAAUGUUCGCCCCGGAUGAGGCUCAAGAGAUUCUUCAAAUACCAGUUGGGGGACCGAGUGUGCAAGACUACCAAGCUUGGAACUACACCAAGAAUGGUGUCUUCACGGUCCGCUCAGCAUACCAUCUACGCAUGAGCCAGAAGAGGGUAAGAUCCGGACGGCCGAAGUCUUCAUCCUUAGUGGCGGACCACAAGUCUUGGCUGAGUCUUUGGGAUACGAUAGCGCCGGGCAAAGUUAAAAUCCACAUGUGGCGGUUGAUUAGGAACGGCCUUGCUGUGGGAGCGGAACUAUUAAGGAGGAAGAUCAAGCAGGGAGUCUUUUGUACGGCGUGUGGGCGGGAAGAAACAAAUUAUCACAGAUUCUGGGGAUGCUAUCACUCUGCUAAGUUCUGGAAGGUAAUGCAGUCGGAAUUGGGGGUACCGGUGGCGAUCCCGCCGGAGUCAGCUAGCUCCCAGAGUGCAUUGUCGAAAUGGUUGAUGACAUGGUUCGCGGAGGCUACGGAUGAUGAGCGAGCGGUCAUGGUUCAGGGUGCAUACGCGCUCUGGCUCGCGAGGAAUAAUGCACGCGAUGGGCAGCGGAUCAAGGAGGCAGAGAUGAUAGCCAAAAGAGUCUUCCAUCUAAUGGGCGAGUGGCAAUCGAUACAUGGCCGGAAGAGCAAGCAGAACACGGCGGCGGUGAAGGAGAAAUGGAGGCCCCCGGAGGAGGGGUGGGUGAAGGUAAACAUUGACGGAACCACAUCGAAAGGAGGGGACAGUGGUGGGGCCGGGCUGGUUUUUCAAAACCAUGACGGUGCUUUCUUAGGAGGUUUUUGCCAUGUCCUUCCACUGGGAGGUGACCCCGCAAGGACCGAACUCCUAGCGUGCAGAAGGGCUGCACAGGUGGCUGAGGAGCUGAACAUCGCCAACUUACACAUCGAGAUGGAUUGCAAGGAGAUCGUAUGUAAGCUCCAAGGCACGCAAAAGGACUUCUCACCGCUUGGGCCUGUGGUGGAGGAGGUCAAGCGCCUGCUGGCCUCGAGGGAGAGCUGGAAGAUCGCGUGGGUUAGGCGGGAUGCUAAUAAAGCUGCCCACUUGUUAGCUAGGGAAGCUGUUUCAACUAAGUUAAGCAAGGUGUGGCUGCAUGUGCCCCCAGACUUUCUUUUGCAGACAAUUUCGGACGAAAUCCCUGUUUGGGAUGCUUAA